CCAAUAUUCUCAAUAUACAUGACCGACAGGUUAUCACGAUAUAUAAGAAAUUGUUUUUACAAUCUGAAUUUCAAAGUCACAACGAGUAUCAGUCAGUCAUGAAGUUCCUCAUUGCUCUUACGAUUCAUCUUGUAGUGGUUCAAUUCGACCAAAGCGUAUCAACUAUACUUUCUGCUACUGUUGGCUUAUCCCAAACAUUAUUCACUACUGGACCACCAAGAAAUGUGACUCAGUGUACUGCUAUUCACAAUAAUAUUGUGUAUAGUAUUUAUCCUGAUUUAAAUCUUACGAAUGCUAAAUAUAUAGGACUCAAAGAAAGGUGUAAUUUUUACAUCAAUGAUAUCAAUUUCGAUCAUGCGGGUAACUGGACUAUUCGUAUGAAUUGGACAGGUGUUAAUAAUGUCAAUUAUCAAAAUGUUUCAUCAAUCGAAUUGUAUAUCAACCAGGGCGUAGAUCCUAUACCUUCUGAUGUUUUUGAUACUGUAGAAAAUAAUUAUUUAACAGUAACUUCACAUGACAUAUUUGAUAAUCUUACAAAUUGUACUUUAAUGCAACGCUUCAAUCGGACCGAUGUGCGCAAGUAUGAUUUAUUUAAUCCAAACGUAAUAAAUCCAAAUAUGGAACGGAUAGGAAGAUGCGGCGUAAGAAUGCAUAUUGAUGCAUCAAAGUAUGGUGCAUGGCAUAUUUGGGAAGCUUCUGGGCCUUACAAAAAUAGAAAAUUCAGUUUUACAAUACGGCCACCACCUAAGCGUGAUACCAUGAAUGAGAUGAACAUGUGGUGGAGUCUUGGAUCAUAUAAAGAAAUAGGAUUAUUCGAUCUAUUUGCAUCGAGAUAUUGCACUUUAACUCAACCAGAUGGACAAAUUUUCGUUUUGGAAAAUAAUAGAUGUAUUCAUAGAAUACCAGAAGUUGGUAAUUCACAUAAUGGGCUUUGGAUACUUCGAUAUUUAGUUUCAGGAAGUCUUGAUUUUGCAGAAAGAAGAUUUAAUAUUCAUGUCUACAAUCCAGACUUCGUCAAUGUCACGGUGAAUACAACGAGUACGCAAAGAUUUCAUUUGAUGUGUAGAAUUCCUGAAAAUGACUUAUACUUUUGUGUAUUCACUCGGCCUGAUGGUAUGACAAUAAAUUUACCACAGGGGAUAGGAAAUGAUAAGUACGAAUAUUAUGGUAAUGGAUACAAGAGAUCAUCUCGAGGAGGAUAUUCUGAUUGUGGAAUAACGAUACGACAGCCAUCAGCUGAUGAUUUUGGAAUGUGGAAAUGUUCUCUAGGGCUUGCAGGAAAAGUUCUCAGUGCACUUGUACCAGUUCGUGAUAAUCAAACUUAUAAUGGAGAUAAAUUUAUAUCGGAACGCACUUAUAUUAAACGAGGCAAUGAAUUAACGGUUAAAUGUCAAACAUCUGCACCAAUCGAAUACUGCUGGCUAAAAAGUCCUAACGGCACAGUUUACUUGCUAUCAAAUAGUGGAAGUUCAGAAAACACUUUACCUUAUGACAGCGAAAGUCUAGCAGUUGGUGUUUGUGCUGCACGAAUCAAGAAUGCCACUGAUGCACAUACAGGCAAUUGGAGUUGUCGACUGGGUGUUUUUGAAGGUGGUGAAGUAGAAGUUGUGGUUCCAGUAACAGUGACAGAUUCAUAUCUUUAUCCACAUCAAAAUGUGAUUAAUAUGAGUGAUGAAGAAAAAUCAAUACUUACAUGCAAUGUUUCGCCUGAAAAAGAUGCUAUCAUUAGAUAUUGUCGAUGGCUGCGUCCUGAUUAUCGAACAAUUUUUAAAGAAAAAUCAGCUCAGUAUUUUACUUCACAAGAACGAAAGUCUUGUUCACUGCAUCUGAAAGAAUAUAAUCCUAAAAAUAUUGGAAAAUGGAGCUGCUAUGCUCGUCUCUAUGAUGAUUCAGAUGAGGAAAUUUAUGCAACAAUAACUGUUAUUUCAGAAAAUAAAUAUAAUGGUGUAAUGGGUACAUUACUUCAUAUUGUUGCAAGUAGUCUUCUGACUAUUACUCUCGUUGGUUGCUGCAUUGUUGGAAUAAUUAUGUACAGAAGAAAAAUACGGAACAGAAAGCAAAUUGGAUAUUGCGUUAAUUACGAAAUCCAUGAAAAUGAAGUGAAAACUACUCAAGAAAAAAAUUCUGGAAUUUGAUAUUCUCCUAUCAUUAUUUUAUUAACAUUCCAUCUACAACUCUUCACAUCUUAUCAGUUCAUUUUUUAAAAUUAAGAUAUCAAUAAAUAUAAGUUUAAUCAUUUAAAAUAUUAAUAAAA